AUGCAUCGCAAAGAGCACUUGGAAGGAGUCGUACGCUGUCAAAGACUUUUCUCAUUUAAGGAUGCAUUCGCACAACUGGGAACGUCGUUGAAUUUCGACUUGCCACAAAUCGCAGUCAUCGGUGGUCAGAGUGCAGGCAAAUCGUCGGUGCUCGAGAAUUUCGUUGGAAAAGAUUUUUUGCCUCGUGGUUCAGGCAUCGUCACUAGACGUCCACUUAUUUUACAGCUGGUUCAAGAUAGAAAUGAGUACGCUGAGUUUUUGCAUAAGAAGGGACAGAAAUUCACGGAUUUCGAUAUGGUCAGGAAGGAAAUCGAAGAUGAAACGGAUCGAGUUACUGGUCAGAAUAAAGGCAUAUCGCCUAUACCAAUCAAUUUGCGUGUUUUCAGUCCUAAUGUUCUGAAUUUAACUUUGAUCGACUUGCCUGGUCUUACCAAAGUACCGAUUGGAGAUCAGCCACCUGAUAUCGAACAUCAAAUACGUGAAAUGCUAAUGACAUAUAUUUCGCGUGAAACAUGUCUUAUUUUGGCAGUUACUCCUGCAAAUAGUGAUCUUGCGACAUCGGACGCUCUGAAGCUCGCCAGAGAGGUUGAUCCUCAAGGUUUACGAACGAUUGGUGUACUCACAAAGCUUGAUCUCAUGGAUGAAGGCACAGAUGCUCGGGAAAUACUGGAAAACCGACUUUUCAGUCUUCGCAGAGGAUAUGUUGGUGUUGUGAAUCGUGGUCAGAAGGAUAUUGUUGGUAAAAAAGAUAUUCGAGCCGCUUUAGAUGCAGAACGAAAGUUUUUUAUUUCACAUCCAUCUUAUCGACAUAUGGCCGAUCGUCUCGGUACACCCUAUCUGCAAAAGACGUUGAACCAACAGUUAACAAAUCACAUUCGAGAUACAUUACCGGCAUUAAGGGAUUCACUGCAGAAGAAAAUGUUCGCACUAGAGAAGGACGUUGCCGAGUAUAAAAAUUUUCAGCCGAACGAUCCAUCGAGAAAAACCAAAGCACUUAUGCAGAUGGUGCAACAAUUUUCAACCGAUAUCGAGCGUUCCAUCGAAGGAUCGUCGGGUAAAUCAGUGAGCACAAACGAAUUGUCUGGUGGUGCACGCAUCAAUCGUCUUUUCCACGAACGAUUCCCAUUCGAGAUUGUCAAGAUGGAAAUUGACGAGAAGGAGAUGCGAAGAGAAAUUCAAAUCGCAAUUCGCAAUAUCCACGGUAUUCGUGUUGGACUGUUUACGCCAGAUAUGGCAUUCGAGGCGAUUGUGAAAAAACAAAUCGAAAGACUAAAAGAGCCGUCGUUAAAAUGCGUUGAUUUAGUUGUUAAUGAACUUUCGAAUGUUAUCAGACAAUGCGCCGAAUGUGUAGCCAGAUAUCCACGAUUAAGAGAUGAAAUUGAACGGAUUGUAACAACGAAUAUGCGUGAAAAAGAACAAGCAGCUAAAUAUCAAAUCUCGAUGUUAGUGGAUUAUGAAUUGGCUUAUAUGAACACAAAUCACGAAGAUUUCAUCGGUUUCUCAAAUGCCGAAGCGAAAGCAUCUUCAUUGCAAACGAAGAAGAAUUUGGGUAAUCAAGUGAUACGUAAGGGAUGGUUGUCAGUACAUAAUAUUUCAUUCGUGCGUGGAUCUAAAGAUUGUUGGUUUGUACUGACAUCUGACAGUUUAUCGUGGUAUAAAGAUGAUGAGGAGAAGGAGAAGAAAUAUAUGCUGCCAUUGGAUGGCAUUAAACUGCGUGAUCUCGAAGCUGGCUUUAUGUCUCGUCAACACAAAUUCGCUCUUUUCUACCCGGACGGAAAGAAUAUUUACAAGGAUUACAAACAACUCGAAUUGAGCGCGAACAAUUUGGAUGAAGUUGACGCAUGGAAAGCAUCGUUCCUACGAGCCGGUGUCUAUCCGGAGAAGGAGAAGACAUUCGAUGAUUUAGAGAACGGACGCGAUAUUGAAGAGACGACGUCGGUUGAUCCUCAGCUGGAAAGACAGGUUGAAACGAUCCGUAACUUGGUCGAUUCUUAUAUGCGUAUCGUUACGAAAACAAUUCGAGAUCUUGUACCUAAAGCGAUCAUGUUCCUCAUCGUUAAUAAAGUGAGUGAGUUUCUUCGUGACGGUGAAUUGCUUGCGAAUCUCUAUCAAGUGGGCGAUACGGAUUCAAUGAUGGAAGAAAGUCAACUGGAAGCACAAAAGCGUGAAGAGAUGUUAAGGAUGUAUCACGCUUGUAAAGAAGCGCUUCGCAUCAUCGGUGAAGUGAACAUGAGCACUGUCACCACGGAACCACCACCGGCUGUCAGCAAUGAUUGGCUCAGAUCGAACGGUCCAUCUCCGGUGCCAAGACCAGCGCCACAACCACCGAUCAGUAGUCAACGACCAGCACCGGCACCUCCGCGUCCGAUGAGCAUGGGUCCGAACUCAAUCGCUAAUCGCCCACUUCCUGGUCCUCCUGGUGGUGUUCUCCCAGCUCCAAUCCUUCCAAUGCGGGUAAAUCAGUCGUUGCCAUCGAUGAGUAAUGGAGUACCGCCAAGGAUACCUGAUCGACCACAAAUUCCAUCUCGUCCUUAUUGA